CAGAUAUUAUAGGAGGGAAAGAAGCCUAUCCUCAUUCAAGACCUUACAUGGCUCUUAUACAGAGUAAAAAUCACCUAUGUGGAGGGACCCUGAUUAAAGCAGACUGGGUACUCACUGCAGCUCAUUGCCACGUUGAUAAGUCAACUACAGUUGAUCUUGGUGUCCAUUCAAGACAUAUCAAAGACAAACUAAGGCAGCAGUUUAAAAUUGUAAGAUCGAUUCAACAUCCCAAGUUUAACAAAGGUAAACUUGUGAAUGACAUCCAACUUCUACAGCUGUCUAGGAACGCAACUCUAAAUAAGUACGUAAAUAUCCUGCCAUUACCAGGCACAUUUAACGAACUAAAAGGAGGCACUGUUUGUGAAACAGCAGGAUGGGGAAGAUCUAACAGCAAAAGUCCCCGUUCUUCAGACAAACUAAUGGAAGUGAGAUUAACAGUGCUUGAUAGAAAAACAUGUAAUUAUAUGUAUCAGCCUACACUGAAAAUUACCCGCGAUAUGAUGUGCACCGGUGAGAAGGAAGAAAAGGGCAUUUGUAAUGGGGACGUUGGAGGUCCACUAAUCUGUAGACGUGUUUUCACUGGUAUCACUUUGUUUGGCCCAGUACUCUGCGGGAUUCCUAACAGUGCCAAUGUCUACACUCGACUCACUAAAGAAUAUGUGAAAUGGAUUAAAAAAGAAAUAAAACAGAAGACACCGUAACGCUUAUGUACUUCACCACAUUCUUGGCUUCUUUUACAUUCUUUGCUUAAAUCUGCACUGAAUAUUUUAUUGGCUUUUGUCAAGUUCAUGAAGCAUAAUAUUUUCUAUGUAACAGUACCUGAAAUCCUGAUAUAUAGUCUUUAUUUUAAACAAGUACUCAGGCAGUGUAUAAAUAUUUGUUCAUACAGUAUAAUAUAUUAUACGAUCACUAACAAAACCUGGUGGUAAAAAUGAGUUAAAUGUCCGGCUUGGAUUUACUGACUUCAUCUCCACUCUAUUGCUGCACAGUCAUCCUGUCACACAGAAGCUUUUAAGAAGGUUUUCUUUUUAGUUUCCCCACCGUAUCAGUGUCUGUUUAAGUAUUCUCUGAAAAACUAUAAAUUAUGUGAUGUUUUACAUGAUUAAGUAAUUACCGGUAAAGGUGUUUGGACAUACAACAGUGCUAGAAGGGAGGUUGCUAAUGCUGCUUUUAAUGAUGAAAAUGCUUGGACUAGAUGAAAUAGAAUAUUAAAAAGCUUUUUGUUCAUC